AUGUCCCAUAAGUUGAAGAGUGUUACGAAGAAGUUAGAUGCCAUUUCUAGUGAAAGGCAUAAGUUCCACUUAAGAGAGGAAGCUAUUGGGGAUAGAGAAGUUGGUAUCUUAGAUUGGCGACAUACCACUUCUCUUGUUAAUGAGUCAGAAAUCAUAGGGAGAGAUGAGGAGAAAGAGGAGUUGGUCAAUUUGUUGCUAACCAGUUCACAAGAUCUUUCUGUUUAUGCUAUAUGCGGCAUGGGAGGACUUGGAAAGACUACACUUGCUCAGUUAGUCUACAAUGAUGCAACCCUAGAAAGGCAUUUUGAUUUGAGAAUUUGGGUUUGUGUAUCUGAUGAUUUUGACUUAAGGAGGUUGACAGUAGCCAACCUAGAGUCCAUUGGAGACAGCCCUUGUGACUAUCAAGAGUUGGAUCCCUUGCAACGAAAGCUCCGAGAAAAGUUGAGUGGAAAAAAAUUCUUGCUUAUGCUGGAUGAUGUGUGGAAUGAGUCCGGUGAUAAGUGGCAUGGGCUAAAAAAUAUGAUAAGUCGUGGAGCCACAGGUAGUAUUGUGGUAGUAACUACCCGUAACGAGAAGAUUGCUCUUACGAUGGACACAAAUCAUAUACACCACAUUGGGAGACUGUCAGAUGAUGAUUCUUGGUCUUUGUUUGAGCAGCGGGCAUUUGGGUUAGGAAGCAAAGAGGAGCAUGCACAUUUGGAAACCAUAGGAAGAGCCAUAGUCAAGAAGUGUGGAGGAGUUCCUCUAGCAAUUAAGGCCAUGGGAAGCUUGAUGCGUCUCAAAAGAAAAGAGAGUGAAUGGUUAUCUGUCAAGGAAAGUGAGAUUUGGGAGUUACCAGAUGAGAAUGUUUUACCUGCUUUGAGGUUGAGUUAUAAUCAUCUAGCACCGCAUUUGAAACAGUGCUUUGCAUUUUGCUCUAUAUUUCCAAAAGAUUACCUCAUGGAGAAGGACAAGUUGAUAGGACUAUGGAUGGCAAGUGGCUUCAUUCCAUGCAAAGGACAAAUGGACUUGCACGACAAGGGCCAGGAGAUUUUUAGUGAAUUAGUUUUCAGGUCAUUUUUUCAAGAUGUGAAAGAGGAUUUCUUGGGAAACAAGACCUGUAAAAUGCAUGAUCUUGUUCAUGAUCUUGCAAAAUCAAUUAUGGAAGAAGAGUGCAGAUUGAUUGAGCCCAAUAAGAUCCUAGAAGCUUCAAAGAGGGUUCGUCACUUGAGUAUUUACUGGGAUUCAGACCUUUUGUCUUUUUCUGACAGCAACAACGGCUUCAAAGAUCUAUCAUUGCGUUCAAUCAUUUUGGUUACUAGAUGCCCUGGUGGUCUCCGCACGUUUUCUUUUCACUUGUCCGGGCAGAAGCAUUUGAGAAUCCUGGAUUUAUCAUCUAAUGGCUUAUUUUGGGAUAAACUGCCGAAGUCAAUUGAUGGUUUGAAACAUUUGAGGUAUUUAGAUUUCUCUCACUCGGCAAUCAAAAGUCUACCGGAAUCAAUAAUCUCCCUCAAAAAUUUGCAGACACUGAAUCUUAUAUUUUGCUAUUUUCUCUACAAAUUACCAAAAGGUUUGAAGCACAUGAAAAAUCUCAUGUAUCUUGACAUCACUGAUUGUGAGUCACUGAGAUAUAUGCCUGCUGGAAUGGGACAAUUGACUCGUCUGAGAAAGCUCAGCAUCUUCAUCGUGGGCAAAGACAAUGGCUGUGGCAUAGGGGAGCUGAAAGAAUUGAAUCUUGGGGGGAGCUUUAAGCAUCAAAAAGCUCGAUCACGUUAAAAGUCGUACAGUUGCGAAAAAUGCAAAUUUGAUGCAGAAAAAGGAUCUUAAAUUACUGAGCCUAUGUUGGUCAGGAAAGGGAGAAGACAAUAACAACUUAUCAGAAGAGGUUCUUGAUGUCCUCUGAUGUCCAAAAGAGGUCAAAGGAUGAAAAAGAAAGAAUUGGAGCAUAAUUGGACGUCAAAGCUGC